AACCUUCCAAGAAUCUGAUGGCUGAGAGGAGGAGAAGGAAGAGGCUCAAUGACAGGCUCUCCAUGCUUAGAUCAAUUGUCCCCAAGAUUAGCAGGAUGGACAGAACAUCUAUACUUGGGGACACAAUUGAUUACAUGAAGGAGCUGCAAGAGAGAAUAAAGCAAUUGCAAGAAGAAAUGGAGUUGGGGCCAGAUCAGUUGAGGUUAAUGAGCAUCUUCAAUGAUGGGAAACCAGAUGAAAUUUCAGUCAAGAACUUCCCAAAGGUUGAUGUGGAAAGCAAAGAGAGUAGCAGUGAUACCAGAGUUGAGAUUAGCUGCUCAGCAAAGCCUGGCCUUCUGCUAUCAACAGUGACCACACUUGAGGCUUUGGGGCUAGAGAUUCAACAAUGUGUUGUUAGUUGUUUCAAUGAUUUUGCAAUGAGAGCUUCCUGCACUGAGGAAUUGAGGAAAAGUGAAGCUUUGAGCGCCGAAGAUGUAAAGCAAGCUUUGUUCAGAAAUGGUGAAUAUGGAGGGCGGCGUCUUCAUUAAUAAAAAAAACAAGUUGAAAACUUUAAUUUGGAUGAUUUAUUAUGUUUCAGAUUAGGAUGUAUUUAGUAUUUACUGCUCGAAUUUAGUGUUUGCUUUUUAAUUAAUAAAAAAAGCAAGUUGAAAACUUGGCAAAUUUCUAAUUUUGUGUAUGUUUAAUCCUAUAUUUAGCACAUUUCUAAUUUUGUUUUGGUUUGAUUUGCUUAAAAUG